CCUCACCUUUUUAUGUCGGGCAAUAGACGGCUUUUGAGGUUUGAUUUUAGACUUAUUUUUUAUUGUUUUGUGUUGAUUUUGUUGUGGCUUGAUAGUUUUCCUUACUUCAAAAAGCUGAAAAGUAAUCCACAUAAUUUCUACCCUAUUGUUCUCCAGUUAUAAUUAAUAGGAAAACAAAAUGGCGAAACAUCAUCCAGAUCUCAUCUUCUGCCGCAAGCAACCAGGCGUAGCUAUCGGUCGCCUCUGCGAAAAAUGUGACGGAAAAUGUGUUAUUUGCGAUUCUUAUGUGCGGCCAUGCACGCUAGUAAGAAUCUGUGACGAAUGUAAUUAUGGAUCGUAUCAAGGAAGAUGUGUCAUCUGUGGUGGUCCUGGGGUUUCAGAUGCAUAUUACUGUAAAGAAUGUACUGUACAAGAAAAAGAUCGUGACGGAUGUCCGAAGAUUGUGAAUCUGGGUAGUUCUAAGACCGAUCUGUUCUAUGAACGUAAGAAGUAUGGGUUUAAGAGACGAUAGAGUUUUUGUAUUUAUUUAGGUUAACUAAGUCCUAUUGUAAGUGUUUCAUAAUAUAAUAUUAAAACGCCCUUUUAAAAUA